AUGGGCAUGCUGCUUUGCGCCACGCCCCCUUCGGUACGCCUGCCCCCUAUCGAUGACGUCGUGCUUGCGCUUCGUGGAGGGACAAUGCUGGCGGGGGACACAUCGGAUCAUGUUCCCUUCCUCCCUACAGCUACAUCCACCUCAAACUAUAAAACCACGACACUUCCCCCUCCUGAUAACCUCCAAUCCAUAUACACACUCUCCACAAACAACAACACCACAAUCCAUCUCACAACUUACACAAAACUAUUCAGCCCACCACUCACCUCAAACUACUCCUCUACCAAAACAACAGCAACCAUGGCACGCGGAGAAGCAGUCAAGACCAGAUGCCAAUACCAGGGCGAGCACGACAACUUUGUCGUCUUCGUUGAUAGACCCGACCUCGCGAACGAUUGGAAGACUGACAAGUCCAUUCCUCUCACCCACAUCGUGAGCACAUUCAAGGUCUUCAUCACACACAAGUCAGGAGCGCAAGGCGGAUAUGACGGUGCCUCAAAUGCCACCCUUGAGAACGAGUUUGGCACCCACAACGAGGACGAGGUCAUCAAGCAAAUCUUAGAGAAGGGCAACAUGCAAGAAUUUGAGUUCCCAGAGAGACAAGGUGGCACCAACGACAGCAACGGCCUACCAACCCGUUUCUAA